UGUCAUAAAGGUUUCUUUCUUAAUAUCAAACUUUGACUAACGAUACCUUGCCUUCAUAGGUGAGAGUCUGAACCUGAGAAAAUUAUUCUAAUGCACAUCGUGUUUCUGCUCUAUUACAGUGUCCUGAAAUGCUAUAAAAUCACUGUUAUGGUUUCUGUCUGGCAGCAGCCUUGUAGAGCGAUGCUGUCAUUAGCCUACACAGUGGCACUUAAGUGUCUCACACGCCCUGUGUGGCAAUUACCUAUAUGCUGUAAUUUAGGAAAAUGCUUGUGUAAGAAUAUGGAAGCUUUGUGUGUGAACCUUAAGCCUUUUGUGCCAUUGGGUAUGGCUCUUAAAGGCAUUUCUGAAAUAGUCAGCCCUCUGGUAGGAUAAGGUUUUUUUUGUAUAAUAUGAUAACUCAGUAGCUGUCAUAGCUGUAAGAGAUCAGAUACAGGCAUCAGACUGUUCCUGCUUCCAGGCUUAGACCAGAUGGAUGGAGGUAAAAAUAACUGCUUUAAAACCAAGUUCCAUUCCAGGACACUUCAUGGACAGUAUUGUGGAAUUAAAGGUGGAGAAGAACUGUAACAUCAUUGAGCUAUAUGUAUGCUAGCUCAGGCUUAUUCCUUUCAGGGCGUUGAGUUAGGCAAGUGCUUUUUCCAUUCUCCCAUGUUGACGAGGCAGAAGGAAUACACACAAUCUGUUGGAAAAUAGAUGGUGGCAACUCGUAAAAUUAGAAUUUCCAUUUGACAUCAAGUAGUAAUUUUCAUUAAUAUUUUUUCUGCAACUUUUCUUCAAAGUCACAGUUAAUGGAAGCAUUAAUCAGUUUUCAGUGUCCUGCAGAGCUUUGAAAUUAAACUCCCUUAUACCAUCUGCAAAGUUGCAUCGCUACCCAUAUAUAAUAGAAUAUGCUUGAAUGUCUUAUCAAGAUCUGAGGUCAGAGGUGUAGGACAGCGUUUUAUCAAAAAGCAAAAUCUCUCCCACGUUUCUUUCUGAAGAGAAAGCCAGAAACAAUAAACUUGAAUGUUUUCCCCUUUUGUUUUGACUUUUUUUUUUUUUUUAGAACUGAUUCUCAGCCCGGGCGACUUACAACAGUGAAAACCCUGCAGUAUUUCUUGCAAAAGUUAAACCAGUUACAGGGCUAAUGGACUACCAAUGCCAACAGUAGACAACCCACCCACUUCACAGCAGCACCGCAUACAGUGUUCCCACCUCCUCAGUCAGCUUUCUACCUGAAUGAGAGAGAAAAAUGUGGGCAUCGUUGAAUACCUAAGAUGUGUAACUCUGGAGGACCACAUUUGAUAGCAAAUUACAGAGCCUAAGAGCUUCACUGAAAGUGUCUGCCUUGCAGACCUACUCUAUAUGUUGGGUGCUGAUUUACAGCUGUGAUAGAAUUGCAUGGGCAAGCAAAAGCACCUUGAAAUUGAAAGAACCGCAAAAUGGCUGAAAAUGGUGAAAAGCUGGGAGAAAUACAAGAACAGUGAGAAGUUUCAUAGGAGAAUUUAUAAAGGAAUCCCACUACAGCUCAGAGGUCAAGUCUGGUCUUUACUACUUGAUGUUCCUAAAAUGAAAGAAGAAAUGAAAGAUUUUUAUAAUAAAUUGAAAUAUCGAGCACGAGGGUCUUCACCGGAUAUCAGACAGAUUGAUCUUGAUGUAAACCGGACAUACAGAGAUCAUAUCAUGUUUAGAGACAGAUAUGGUGUUAAGCAACAGGCAUUAUUCCAUGUUUUAGCAGCAUAUUCUAUAUAUAACACGGAGGUUGGAUACUGUCAGGGAAUGAGCCAGAUCACAGCUUUACUCCUUAUGUAUAUGAAUGAAGAAGAUGCCUUCUGGGCCCUGGUGAAGUUGCUUUCGGGUCCUAAGCACGCUAUGCAUGGCUUUUUUGUUCCUGGCUUUCCGAAACUGUUGCGGUUUCAAGAGCAUCAUGACAAAAUAUUGAAGAAGUUUUUGUCAAAGCUUAAGCAACAUUUGGACACCCAAGAGAUCUCCACAAGCUUCUACACAACUAAGUGGUUUUUUCAGUGUUUCCUUGAUCGUACUCCUUUUACAUUAAACCUCAGGAUAUGGGAUAUCUACAUACUGGAAGGAGAGCGUGUGCUUACAGCUAUGUCUUACACAAUUCUGAAACUGCACAAGAAACAUCUGAUGAAAUUACAAAUGGAAGAACUUGUAGAAUUUCUUCAGGACACUCUAGCCAAGGACUUCUUCUGUGAAGAUGACGUUGUAAUAGAGCAGCUUCAAAAUUCGAUGUCAGAACUGAAACGAGCAAAGUUAGACCUACCAGCUGCUGGUAAAGAUGAUGAAUUUCCCAAGAAGCCAUUGGGACAAAUUCCACCAGACCCACAGCCUGGUGUGCUUAACCUUACUCACAUGCUCAAUGGACAGAACAAUACUGGUACACAGGCAGCACAGAGGACAGAGAGAAAACCGUCUUCUGAAGAAGUUCAAGCAAAUUCACCAAAUAACAGGAGAAGAAUGAAUUCCCUGGAAAAGAGGCCUUCAUUCAAACAACAGAAGUCUGGGCCCCUGGAUACACGGAGUGGGAACUCCAAGAAUGAUAUAGAUAUCAGAAAAAAGCCUCAGCCAACAGCACAAGACACUUCCAGGCAAUACAAUAAUGCAGCUGCUAACCAAAAUUCGAAUGCUACUUCAAACCCAAGAAGGGAAUUUGUACCUAAGUGGAAUAAACCAUCAGAUAUCAAAGUUAUUGAAAAGACCACCAGAUUUAAUGCUGAGGUCAAAGGUAGAACAGUAAUCCAUUCUGUUUCAGGCAUGCCACCAAGUCCCGGAGAACCACAGCCAUUGAAUGUAAAGCAAAAGAUAAGGGUUUUGGAUGUUGAUGAAGGUAAGCGAGGGUCUAACGCAUCACAGUAUGACAAUGUUCUUGAAGUUGACCAUGAGAAUGAGAAUCUUGUUGAGGAAGAGCUAGAGAGAGCUCACGUGCACAGUCCCAGGAAUGUAAUGUACUCUAAUUCUCCUAGAAAGCAAGUGGAAAAAAUCCCUAGUCCACUAAAAAUAUCCAGCAAUUAUGCCUUCAAUUCACAACUGAGAACCCCACGGUAUUCAUCUCAAUCUGAUGGAUCAAGUCAUGGAUUGAAUGUAAAACCACCACUGCCAUCUUAUAAUAACCCACCUACUUACCAUGGAAACUCUCCAAAGCAUGCCUCCAAUAUAAUGAAUUCUGGUUUUAUAUCUCCUCAGUAUAAUCAUGGGAAUCGAACCAGCCCUUCUAGUAGACCGUACGGUUCUGUCUUUUCAACAGAGUUUUUUCCUGAUAAACCACAUAUGAACUCUUAUCCUGCCAAUCACCAAAAUCCUUUGUCUCCAACUCCUAAUAGAAUAGAAGUUCUGCCUUUUGAUGCCUAUCCCAGCAGCUCUAGAUCACCUACCAGCGUCAAAUUCAUAAUUCCUCCAGUGGAUUAUUCCAGCAGAGUGUGGCCAGAUGCUCCCUAUGUGCACAGACCUGAAACAUACGGGCAGCCUUGGAACCAAGAUGCUAACCGAAGCCACUUGGAUAACUUACAGAAAUAUCCAUCCUUUCAGGCAGCACCUCUUCAUGACCAUAAUCUUCCAACUGUUUCCGUGGAUGGUUCAAUAAGAUACAGAACUUCACCAACCUUGGAAGAAUAUGGUUCACCACAAUAUCAAUAUUCAAGCCCAUCAUCCCAUGUCCAGCCCCACAGAAGCCGAAGUGAUGGGUUGUCUAUGCAUGAAUCAAUACUUCUGUGAAAACUAAUCUAUGCUAGCUGAAAAAGACAGGAACCAAAAACACUAAAGAGAUAGUGCUGUGUUUAUAAUUAUCCAGAUCAGUAUUUUAUACAGAAUUUGGACAGUUCAUGCAAGUCUCUGAGAAAUAAGAAAUCUAUUUCAGAGCAGUUUCACAGUUUGACUGGAGACUAGUUGAGCGCUUAAACCUGCAUUGAGCCCGUUGAAAGGGAUCUAAUGCAGAUAAGCAUAGCAAUAGCAAUAGCGUCAUAUGCAUAACAUGGCCGAUACUACCAUUGUUUCUUAAAUUGAAGUAACUUGUGUAGAGAAAUGAUCUAUUUGCCUAACACAUGUAACACAUUUUCAAGCUGUAGUUUGACAUUACAAUGCACUGUAUAAUUAUAUGUGUGCGCUUGUAUGCAUAAACUUUAUGUGUGUGUGUAUGUGUGUGUGUAUGUGUAUAUAUAUGUAUACACACAUACACACAUAUUUAUGUGGAGAAGACCUAAAGAGUUCUGCAUAUAUAUAUAUAUAUAUAUAUAUAUAUAUAUAUGGAGAAGAACUAAAGAGUUUAAAAUGUAGAUGCAUUUACUCUUGGGCUAAAUUUGAAGUAUUUUUCAGUUUAAUUAUUUUAUGUGUAAUUUAUUUGAUAAAUGAACCCAUUCAUUUUGAAUGGGCUCUUCCUGUUAUUCAGGUAUCAACUGCCUCAGUAACCCAGAAUCUGAUCUGAGUUGGAGAGAUGCUUUGGGAUUAUUAAUGUAUUCUUACCUGGGAUGAUAUUGCCCAGGUAAUCUCCUCUCCUUUUUGGCUAUUGAAUUGCCUUUUCUAUAAGAAAAUGGAACAGGCAGACAGAAAACCAUGAAGCCAAAAACGGUGUCUGAUCUGGCCAACAAUGGUGCUUUAAAAUCAGGGCAGUCUAUAAGGACAGCAUGUCUCUAGGGUAUGGGUGAACUUUUGGCACAGAUUUUCUACCUUUGCACCCAAAUCCAGUUUCACAAUGUGAUGCUUUGUGUCCCUGUUGAAGUCCUCCGAAGUGUUUGAGCACAACAUGCAAAGUGCCAGAUGCAGAAGUAAUCCUGCAUUCUUGGCAUGAUGCUCAUGCCAAGGAGUCAGACUUAGGAAGUCAGUUGUAGGGUACACUACUGGAUUGCCAAAUAGUCCUCUUAUAGGUACAAAAAAAUUGCCAGCCCCUUGACGUGUUGGGAGUAAGACAUGCAGCCCUCUUAAGCUCUGUCAUGUCAGUACCUUACUAUGUUUUGCCCUCCUUUUUCCAAAGAGCCAGUAGGCUCAUGUCCAUGGCUGGGCAAAUGCUUCUGCACCGUUAGGCUGUUGAGAAAAAUUUGUGUAAUGUCUUAUACUAAAGUGACCCAGACUGUUAAUAGGAAGUUUCCUAGAUUCCUUGUCAUUUAAAUGUCACUGGUUAGUGCUUGCAGCCUUUUGUAACUACCUUUCCUUUUGUUUUCAUCCACUGUGAAAUGAAAAAGCGGCAUUCUUAGGGUGCAAUCCUCUGAGCUGCUGAACACCACGUGGAGGGUGCUGAGCACUCAUUGAAGCUAAUGGGAGUGAAAGGUUGUAAGAGCCUGGCGAGUUUGAGCCCUUGCAGGCUCUUAACAGAAGAGAUUUCUAACUCUUAAAUACCAAAACAGCAGCAUCAGAAUCAGGCUGGGUGUUGGGGAGGUGUUUUGAAGGGUUUGUUAGCAGUAUACACUGAAUGCAACAUUGAACGCUAGAAAACAUAACUUUUUUUUUCUUUAAAGAUUGAGCUUUAGUGCCUAUUCUUGCUGCAGGUUGGCUCUCUAAGUUGUAAGGUACAGAAGUAAUUUUUUUUAAUGGAAGCAAUCUUUAGUUAGGAUAUUUCACAAACUUUUUUGUGUAUAUAAGGAGCCUGAUGUAAUUUUUAAUAAACUGGGCAAUUUUAUAUUUAAAAAAUAAUUGCAGAGAAAUAACAGUAGCAAGGCACUACACUGAAACUCUAAAAUUGAAAUUGUGAUGCUAAAUAUUAUUUGGGCUUACCUUAGUUUUGAUUGCUUAUAGCAGCUUAGAAAUGUCUGUAUAUAUUAAUAUGGCUAAGCAUAAUAAUCCCAAAGUUUAACCAUGGUUCUGUGAUACAUUAUAAAUAAAGCUGUACAAUUUACUUUGUGCAAACAGCACAAGGCUGCUCCAAAAUAUGUAUCAACACUAGUAAAUACUGUAGAUUUUUUAUAUAUAAAAUAUAUACACACUAUUUUCUUACGUCAUCUGCAACAGUUUUAUAACUGUGUAUCCUAUUUUGAUGUGACCAUAUUUUUAACAUGUUAAAUAAUAAUAAUUAAGUCUU